GACUUGAACCCAACAUGACUGACAUGACAUGACUGAAUUUCAGACACACAAUGUGUGGUUUCAUUUAGAGUACUGCUGAGUCUGAGGACAUACCUCUACGCCAGAGUGCUGCCAGAUUACUACCAGUUUACUCCUCGUGGUACUUCAGCUUUUCCAGUACCACAUCCUGCUGCUCCUCCUGGUCUGCCUCUUCAUCCUCCUGAUCCUCCUCCAUCCCUUUUCUUCUUCUCCUAUACCAUCAGAUGGACUCAGUGGUGCCCCCCGGACUCUCUCUGGUUUCUGUCCUAUCUCUGUUAGCAUGUAGCAUCCAGGUGUUAGCUGCAGCCCUACUAACACUCAGGUAUGGUGGGCAGAGCUCUGCAGAGGAUAGGUGGAUUCUACUGUGGCUCUUCUAUGAUGUCAUCGUCCACCUAACACUGGAAGGACCGUUUGUCUACAUGUCUCUGGUCGGGACGGUGGAGACAUCAGAGGGUCCGCUGGCUGAACUCUGGAGGGAGUACGGUAAAGCUGACAGUCGUUGGCUGAUUUCUGAUCCGACGAUCGUUUCCAUCGAGAUUCUGACUGUCGUUCUCGACUCUAUGCUUGCUCUGUUGCUCAUACACGCAGUACUGAAGGACAAGUACUACAGACACUGGCUGCAGGUGGCUCUGAGCGUGUGCGAGCUGUAUGGUGGCUGGAUGACCUUCUGUCCUGAUUGGCUGAUGGGCAGUCCUCACCUGGACACGUCCAGCCGGCUCCACAUGUGGGUCUACCUGGUCUUCUUCAAUGGGAUCUGGGUUGUAGUCCCAGUUCUUCUGCUGAUCCAAUCAUGGAUCUCUCUGAGGAGACUGCACACGCUCGGACAAGAUGACCACAACAGUCCUCCUCCUCCUCCUAGCUCUUCUUGAUCAGUUUGCUGACCGACAUGAAGGCCUGUUGGAGGCCGAGUCCCUUCAGAGCACUGCAGGCCUGAAUCUCCCACAGCCGGUCGCUGUAACUGUUCAGAUCCAG